AAUUUAUGAAAAUAACAAAUUUACAUUAAAAAUAAAACUCAUCUAAAAUGGAAAAGAAAACUUUACGUAAAAUAACAAAAAUAAGAUGACUCUUUUUCGUUUUUGGCGUCUUCGAAUUGUCUACUCAUUCUACAGAUCAGGAAGCAAUAGGGAGAUCAGGGGAUCAACGAGCCUCGCGCGGAAUCCAUCCUGAUUAGAAAGUGGAAACGAAAGCCUCCUUCACAGAAGAUUACAUCUCAUAUUUGAUGUGAAUUAAUGAACAGAACAGAACAGAACAAUUGCUGGUGGUAUCUGUCAUCUACCCAUUUUGCAGCAUCUGCUAUGGCUUUUUCAUGUUGGUGUUGCAGGAAAUCUCAAAACGUAUCCUUUGCCGGAGAGGAUCCCAAAGUUCAUCCGGAUCAGCAGAUGGAUUCAGAUGUGGACCAACUUAGGAGGUUUUCAUUGGAGGAAUUAAAACUUGCAACAGAUUAUUUCAGCAAUGAAAACAUUCUGGGUAGUGGUGGAUUUGGCAAGGUUUACAAGGGGCGUUUGCAAGAUGAUUCACUUGUCGCUGUAAAAAGACUGGAACAUAAACCCACACCUGAUGGGGAGCUUCAGUUUCAAACAACAACAGAGAUCAUCAACAUGGCUGUGCAUCCGCAUGUCCUUAGGCUAAGUGGGUUUUGUAUGACAACUUCUGAAAAGCUACUUGUUUACCCCUACAUGGCUAAUGGGAGUGUUGCCUCCCACUUAAGAGAGAGACCUCCAUCACAGCCUCCACUUGGUUGGCCUACCAGAAAGAGAGUAGCAUUGGGAACUGCAAGGGGUCUUUCUUAUUUGCAUGAUCACUGCAAUCCAAAAGUUAUUCACCGUGAUGUGAAAGCUGCAAAUAUUUUGUUAGAUGAGGAGUUUGAAGCUGUUGUUGGGGACUUUGGGCUGGCUAAAUUGAUGGACUACAAUGAUACUCAUGUAAUCACUGAUGUAUGCGGUACAGCAGGGCAUAUAGCUCCAGAAUACCUCUAUAAUGGCAUAUGUUCUGAGAAAACUGAUGUUUAUGGGUAUGGAAUUAUGCUUCUGGAGCUAAUUACUGGACAGAGAGCUGUUGAUCUUGCCUGGAUUGCAGCUGAAGAUGAUCUUUUGUUGCUUGACUGGGUGAAAGUCCUGCUGAGAGAGAACAGUGUAGAAGAGCUGGCUGAUCCUGAUCUCCAAGGCAACUACAUAGAAGCUGAGAUGAAGCAUUUAAUCAAGAUCGCUCUGCUUUGCACGCGAGGGUCACCCUCUUACAGGCCUAAGAUGUCAGAAGUGAUAAGAAUGGUUGAAGGCCAUAGCUUAUCAGAGAGAUGGGAUGAAUGGCAGGAGAUGGAGAGUUGUGACCCGAAGUUGGAAGUGACCCUUCAAACUUUUUACUUUACUGUUGAUUCAACUCAGCUUCAACGUCCAAUUGAGUUAUCUGGUCCGAGAUGACUCUUCCCUUUCAGUAAACAUAUUACCUUUGCGAAUCAUCACUAUGCUCUUGAAUAAUUGUAUGCAUCAGGAAAGUAAAGCAUGCAAGAAUUAUAUGAAUAAAUAUAUUUUUAUAUU